GCAACAUGGCGGAGGCGGAAGGGGAAAGCUUGGAGUCCUGGCUGAACAAAGCCACCAACCCCUUGAAUAGACAGGAAGACUGGGAGUAUAUUAUUGGCUUCUGUGAUCAGAUCAACAAAGAACUUGAAGGUCCACAGAUUGCUGUUAGAUUGCUGGCUCAUAAAAUCCAGUCACCACAGGAAUGGGAGGCAGUCCAGGCCUUGACAGUACUGGAAGCUUGUAUGAAGAAUUGUGGGCACAGAUUUCAUAAUGAAGUAGGGAAGUUUCGUUUUUUAAAUGAGCUAAUAAAAGUUGUAUCUCCCAAGUACCUGGGAGACAGAGUGUCAGAAAAGGUCAAAACCAAAAUAAUUGAGCUGCUGUACAGCUGGACAGUUGCUUUGCCAGAUGAGUCCAAAAUCAAAGAUGCCUACCACAUGUUGAAAAGACAAGGCAUUGUCUUGUCUGAUCCUAUUAUUCCUGUGGAGAAAACCCUUAUUCCAUCUCCACCACCUCGUCCCAAGAACCCCGUGUUUGAUGAUGAAGAGAAAUCCAAGCUUUUAGCUAAACUGUUGAAAAGCAAAAACCCAGAUGAUUUACAAGAAGCAAACAAGCUUAUUAAAUCUAUGGUGAAAGAGGAUGAGGCACGGAUACAGAAAGUAACAAAGCGCGUGCAUACUUUGGAGGAGGUGAACAACAAUGUGAAAUUGUUGAAUGAGAUGUUGGUCCACUACAGCAAAGAAGACUCUUCCGAGGCAGAUAAAGAGCUCAUGAAGGAGCUCUAUGACAGAUGUGAAACCAAGAGGCGGACAUUAUUCAAGCUUGCCAGUGAAACAGAAGAUAAUGACAGCAGUUUGGGAGAUAUUCUUCAGGCUAGUGACAACUUAUCGCGAGUAAUAAAUUCCUACAAAAAAAUUAUUGAAGGUCAAGUCAUCAAUGGUGAAGUAGAUCUUUCAGCGCUGCCUACAACAGAAGGAAGCAAUUCUGCCAAUAACGUUAAUACCCUCAUUGACUUGGAGGGACUGGAGGUUUCGAAUGUGCCGUCACAAGCACCACCACCACCACCACAACUCCUUCCUUCAGCCUUGAACACAACACCAACCCUAACUCCAGCUCCGGCCCUAUCAGAAAUCCCCAUCCUCCCACCCCCGCCUCAGGCGAUUGGUCACUCCCGGACUCAUUCAAUUGGCCAUGCUGAAUCCACCCCUAUUCAGUCAAGUGGUGCAGCCAAUUCCCUCUCUUUGCUUGAUGAGGAGCUCCUGUGUCUAGGACUCAAUGACCCUGCUCCAAGUGUAGUAAAAGAAUCAAACGAAAACAAUCAAUGGAACCUGCUCCAGAAUGAGCCAGUAGAUCUGGACUUCUUGAAUCCAAAGCCAGUUUCUGUUCCUUGCAACUCAGCAGUGAACCCGCUUCUUUCAUCUGUGUCACAGCCAGGAUGUGGAGCAUCAGUACCUCUUCCUUCUACCUUCACAGCCCCUCAGCCUGUUUCCAGUGUCUCUGCUCCUACCUCAACCUCUUUCAUCUUCUCUACUGGACCUCCACUUGGCCCUUUAAGUACAAUGCCUGUAGCUUCAGGCUACUUUGGCUCAGCCGUGGGAACAAGUGGAUUGCACAAGAUAGAUCCAUUAAAUCAUCUUCUAGAGGAAAACAAAGGGUCUUCAGCUCCAGUAGCUGUAACGGCCUCUACAAUCCCUGCUGCUACUUCUGCACCUCUGACAUCUGCUACAGGAUUGUCACUUGCUGGUCCAGGAGGCCCUCCUGUUCCAUAUCCAGGAAGUCCCAUCUUCCAAUCAGCCCUGUUCCAGCAACAAGGAAGUCCCUUGAAAGGACCUGAGAUCUCCUUGGCCAAUGUCCAUGUUCCAUUGGAAUCAAUUAAGCCUAGCAGCGUUCUUCCCAUGACUGCUUACGACAAGAACGGUCUGCGUAUUCUGCUGCACUUUGCAAAGGAGUGCCCUCCUGGGCGUCCUGACGUGUUGGUGGUGGUGGUAUCGAUGUUGAAUACAGCACCUCUUCCCAUCAAGAAUAUUGUGUUACAAGCUGCGGUGCCAAAGUCCAUGAAAGUAAAGCUGCAGCCACCUUCAGGGACAGAGUUAGUGCCGUUCAGUCCCAUCAAGCCACCCGCUGCUAUUACCCAGGUUAUGCUGCUUGCAAAUCCUAGAAAGGAGAAAGUGAGGCUGAGGUAUCGACUGACUUUCACAUUGGGAGACACGCCCAGCACUGAAGUGGGGGAAGUAGAUCAGUUUCCUCCAGUUGAUAAUUGGGGAAAGCUAUGACCCAGAGCUAUUUCACGGGGACUGGAAUGAAUGCAAUAUGACAAAGGCAGCGGCGGUAUCAGUUAGUGAUAUUUAGCUUUGUUUACAUGUCCCGUCCACUCCACUUGUAGCCGUAGUCCAGAAUAUUUUCUGCACUCUGGGACAAUAGUCUGAACGCGUUAAAUGCCAAGUGUAAACUUACGUGAACAGUCAGGAACAGAGACCUGGCUGGUUUCUUUACCUUGGCCAAUCCAAUUCUAUCUUCCACUUCAUUAAAACUUGAAAUAUAAAUGUUCUGGAGAGUUUGAUAAGCAAAAAUUAAAUACACC